CAAAAUGGCUGCCUACGUGGACAGAGACACUGGCCAUGAGGGAAUUUCUACCAGUACUUUCUAUGGUACAAGAAAGAGAGAGGUGGCAUCUGUUGUGUUGCCACCUGAUGGUUCAUCUGAUUCAGAUGAAGAUGAGGGAACCAGUGAAGAUGAGGAAGAUGAAUUGGGCCUCAGAAGUUUGGGUACCAUUCGAAAGAACCGCUUGAUGGGUUGUACAUUGGAAGAAGAUCGAGACCUCCUACGAAGAGGAAGAGGCAGCUUUGACUUUCGUGUAGACAACGAUGCAAAGAUUGCUGUGGUCAAAUGGGCAGACAACAAAACUGUCACCUUGGUGAGCUCCUGUGCUUCUGUCAACCCUGUUGGCCAAGUGAGACGCUACUCCAAACAGGAAAAGAAGAAGAUAAGUGUGCCAUGCCCGAAGAUUGUAUCUGAGUACAACACUCACAUCAUUGCCUGAAGGACUUUAGGUUGGAUGUUGCCAAAGGACUCAUCUACCCUGAAAAGCAAAAAAGGGGUCGCCUCUCCAAAGGAAACGAAGACAACACACCACCAAGAGUAAUCAAACAGCCAAAAGAUCCCAGGCCUGUGGAUGAUAUGAGAUAUGACGGGAUUGACCACUUCCCUAUCGUGUCAGUGAAAGGCCGAUGCAGGAUGUGCCAGGAUGGACAGACCUCCAUCGUGUGUCAGAAGUGCAAAAUGAA